AUGGCAACUCAAAGACGUGCAGCGGCUCGAUCAGCCGGUGCUGGUGCAGGGGCAGGAGGUAGACCCGCCGGAGCCGGUAACAAUAUCCUUCAAUUCUACACAGACGACAGUCCUGGGUUGCAAGUUGGGCCGACCACAGUUCUGGUGGCAUCUCUGAGCUUUGUGGGAGUCGUCGUGCUUCUACACAUUUGGGGAAAAUUCCGCCUAUAA